GGAGAUGUUGAUUCAAAUAAAUGGCCAAACUCAGAAUGGCGUUGUAUCAAGGUGAAGUGGGAUGAAUCCUAUAAAUAUCUAAAUCUUCCAAUAAGAGUGUCACCUUGGACAAUAAUGAUCAAUAAUGAAGAAGUGGAAAACACUUCUAUCACUGCUCCGUCACUCAUUGAUUUCUUCACAGAAUCUUCAAUUGAUGAAACAAUUCUUUGUGAAGAUUCUACUAUAAUAGAUCAUUUUGGGUGGGGGAACGAACUUCAUCUCUUAACACAACGUACUCAUGAUGAAAGUUCAGUGCAUGUGCUCAAAGAAUCAAAGUCGCACAUUGGUACAUGACUCAGCUUGGAGGUGCAGACCAUUAGUUAUGUUUCGUACUUUGUAACAUAGAAAAUUGGUCGAUCAAUAUAGUUGAAGUGUGUUUAAAUUUGAAGGUUUGAGUUGAUAACCAAC